AUGCCAGUCUUUGGCCCCUAUGUGAUCCUUCCCCUCCUCGCCGCUGGCACCUGGCUUGGCGGUAUCCUCGCUCUCCUCAUUCUCUGGGUUGUCGCCGGCAAGCCGAGAUACAUGAGCGAUGAGGCGAGCGUGGUGUUUAUCAGUGAUGUUGGUGCAACGCACCAAACACUGUUCAUCUGUAUCUGUGCGUGUGUAGCCGCGUUUUAUAUAUCGUCGCUCGUUGCUAUGCGGUGGCUGAGACAUAUCUCGCGGCUGCCUGCGGACAUGAGGAGGAGAGAGAUCUUCUUCAACUGGGCUGCCAUCUUUUGGUGUGUCGUCGGAUCAGUCGGUCUGAUCUUGCUCUCUGCGUUUAAUGCUUUCACGCAUGGGACUGUACACUGGAUCAUGACCGUGGUCUUUGUUGUCGGAGUGGCCAUCUCUGCUGCGUGCCACUGUAUCGAGGUGCUGUGCCUGCAUCACGAACACCCGGACCGAAAGUCUCUGAGACGUAACUCUAUCAUCAAGGCCGUUAUCGUGGUCUUUGCCAUUCUGUUGGCUAUCUCAUUCGGUGCUUGUUACGGUGUCUGCCGUGGUAACUCUUCCGCUUACAGGAAUUACUCUGCCGACACCUGCAACACCAUCACCUCUGCCGCCGCCUCUCUUGAAUGGGCAGUCGCCUUUGUUCUCUCAUUCUACUUUUUGACCCUGGUCGCCGACCUCUGGCCUGCUGGCAAGUCUUCCCCUCGUUACAUGCGCCAAGUCGCCAAGUGGCAAGAACGCCACGGCGAGGGCCACGACUUUACCGGUCGUCGUGCGUUCAAGUUGUACCCCGAGCGAUGGCAAGACAAGGAGAAGGUCAUGCAAGAGGAAAUGUUGGCGAGGAACAACCCUAGAAAGCACUCGCCUCCCAGGUAUCCCGAGGCGGCGCAUCCGGCGGCAGGGUAUGGCGCUGGUAUUGCUGCCACGAGCAGCGACAACAUGGUGAUGGGCCAGGUGAACCAGGCGCCGGUGGCGUACGGUAAUGUGCCUCCUGGUGCUGCUCCGGCAGCAGGAGGUUACAAUUCGGGAGCUGCAUCGGGGGCGUAUGGCUCUGCGCAAGGGCCAUACGCUGCUGCUGCUGGCUACUCGUCAAACGGAUACCCUACGCACGCAUACAUGCCCCAAGACAACCAGAGCAUGAGCACGGUGGAGGGGGACCUACCGCGGGCGAGCAUGGCGGGGAGCGAGGUGCCGAUGGUGAGGCAGGGUGCUUAG